AUGAACAGCAACCAGGGCCACCACGGCCAAGCCGGCGGCGGCGCGCCCUACGACCGCGACCGCGAAAUGGACGACCGACAUCGUGCCCUCCAGCAGCACGAGGAGAUGGCGAGACGCGACCAGGAGCGCGAGCGCGAGGCCGCCGACCACCGAUUCCAAUCACCACACCAGAGCAGUGCCGGAUCGAUACCCAUACACCAGCCGGUUGCAUCGCGCAUCCCCGGCGCGAUACACAGCCCGGGCGGCCUCCUUGCUAACCACAACGGAAGCACGUCUGCCAUGCCGAUGAGCGGACCCCCGGGUCCGAUGCAAAGCUACGGCGCGCCCCCCCCGCCGCUGCCGAACGACCACGCGCGUCCCCUCCAGCACGGCGUCGGCGGCCAGCAUCAGGGUUACGGACCCAUACCUCACGGACAGCCCGCGCAGGGCGGACCGCCGCCGCCGCCUCCCGGCAGCGGCUCGGUGUUCGGCGGCCCUCUGCAACAGCAGCCGCAGCAACAGCUGCCACCAGACGCCCAGCGGCCUGGGCAGCCGGGCGCACCCAUGGUUAAUGUACCAGCAGGUGGUCCUCAGAUUCAGGGCGGCAUUACUCAGGGCCAGCAGCCCAUCCUAAAUGAUGCGUUGACAUAUCUAGACCAGGUCAAGGUUCAGUUCCAUGACCAACCUGACGUAUAUAAUCGUUUCCUCGACAUAAUGAAGGACUUCAAAUCACAGGCUAUAGAUACACCUGGCGUCAUUAACCGCGUCUCAGAGCUAUUCGCUGGCCACCCCAACCUCAUUCAGGGCUUCAACACAUUUCUACCUCCGGGGUACAGAAUCGAGUGCGGCGCUGGUAACGACCCCAAUACCAUUCGAGUUACUACGCCCAUGGGUACCACUGUCCAAAGCAUUGCUGGACGGGGUGGCCCUCCUGAUGGUCACGGCCCCGGCCAGCCCAUCUUCCCUGAGCAGCGUGGUUCCCAGUGGCCUCAGAGGUCACCGGAGGCUAAUUUCAGUGCCCCUGCUCAGAAUGGCGGCAGCCUUUUCGUGCAAGCGGCCGCCCAGAGUGGUGGCUACGAAGCCACGGGACACCGCGCCGGCUCGCAAGCUCCUGCUCAGGCUGGCGCUAAUGCGGCUACUGGGCGUAGCACGCCUGGACCAGCCGGGCUUAAUGGCGCUGCAGCAGCGGCUCAGGCAGGCAUGGAGCGACGCGGCCCUGUCGAGUUCAACCACGCCAUUAGCUAUGUCAACAAGAUCAAAAACCGAUUCCAGGACAAGCCGGAUAUAUACAAACAGUUCUUGGAGAUCUUGCAAACCUACCAGCGAGAGCAGAAGCCCAUACAGGAUGUAUAUGCGCAGGUUACGACACUCUUCAAUGCCGCGCCUGACCUGCUGGAAGACUUCAAGCAGUUUCUCCCGGAGACCGCCGGUCAGGCAAAGGCGGCCGGUGGCCGAGCUGAAGAUGGCAUGGCUGGCGGCGCUGGCCAGCAACCCGGUGCCAGAGACGGACAGAAGAUGCCUCCACUGGGUAGCUUCGCCCCCCCAGCCAGCGCCAGCAAGGACAAGAAACGCGCAAGAAAUGAUAAGCAGGCUGCUGGGGGAGUUCCCCUGCUCGCCGAGGUUACGUCGCAGCCCCGUCUACAAGCUGUAGCUGUCAACGGCAAGAGGCCGAAACUGAGCCACGCCCGCGGCACCCUGGAUGGCUCGACGAUUGAACCUACCUUGACACCGGUGAUGCCCGAGCCAUAUCCUCCUCGAUCAUCUGGUACGUCCAACAUGGAUGAGCUUGCAUUCUUUGAAAAGGUCAAGAAGUUCCUCAGCAACCGGUCGUCCAUGAACGAGUUCUUGAAACUUUGCAAUCUUUACAGUCAAAAUAUCAUUGACAGAAACACACUUUUCCACAAAGGCAGUGUCUUUAUCCAGUCUAACCCCGACCUGUUGGCUUUCUGGAAAUCGUGGGUGGGCUUUGAUGUCCACGAUGUAAUGAUCGACAACCGUCCCGCCCCACCUACCGACAAGCUCUCUCUGAGUAACUGCCGGGGAUACGGUCCCAGCUACAGACUCCUGCCUAAGCGGGAGCGUCUUAAGCCUUGCAGCGGGCGCGAUGAACUAUGCAACUCGGUUCUCAACGAUGAGUGGGCCUCGCACCCAACAUGGGCAAGUGAGGAUUCCGGGUUCGUUGCCCAUCGAAAGAACCAGUUUGAAGAGGGACUUCAUCGCAUUGAGGAAGAGCGCCAUGACUACGAUUUCUUCAUCGAGGCUAAUCUCAAGUGUAUCCAACUCCUGGAGCCCAUUGCCCAGCAGAUGCUAGCCAUGACACCGUCCGAGAGAGAUUCCUUCAGCAUGCCCGGCGCUCUUGCUGGCCAGAGCACCUCAAUUUUCAAGCGUAUUUGCAAGAAAAUUUACGGGGAGCGAGGCAUCGAUGUCGUCAACGACCUGUACAGCGAUCCUUUUGCCGUUGUUCCGAUCCUGCUGGCCAGAAUGAAGCAAAAAGACGAGGAGUGGCGUUUCUCUCAGCGAGAGUGGGCUAAAGUAUGGCACAAUCAGACGGAGAAUAUGCACCUUAAGAGUCUUGAUCACAUGGGCAUCUUGGUCAAAUCGACAGAUAAGCGCAAUCUUACUGCCAAGCACCUGGUUGAUGUCAUCAAGACCAAGCAUGAGGAGCAGCGCCGUGAGAGAGCGCUCAAAGGCAAGGCUCCUCGCCAUCAGUCCGCCUGGAGCUUUUCUGAUAAGGAGGUCGUCAUGGACCUGUUACGCAUGAUGAUGCUCUAUAGUAUGCACAAUGCUCAGCAUAGUACGCAGGAAAAGGAGCGGAUCUUGGAGUUUUUCGAGAUGUUCAUUCCUGCCUUCUUUGAACUGCCCGAAGAAGUGGUUCAGGAGCGGGUGCCUAGGAUGCAGCCGGAAUCUGGCGACGAAGAAAUCGAGGAUAACACACCUGCUGAGUUGUCAAAUGGCCGGAGCCGUAGGAACGGAAAGAAGGGCGAUCUGCUUAGGGGGGUACUCGAUCCAGGCCGCAUCGGCAGCAAGCCUCGAGGCCAGAAGGAAGACAGCACGUCGGGGAGCAAGGAGACAACGCCCGACGUCAACUCGACCAAUGACGAAGAAAUGGCCGACGCGCCUGAUGAAGCUCCUGCUCCCGAUAUGUCGAACGAGCGCUGGAUGCCGAGUGUGCCCAAGGCUGUCGUGACCGGUUCCGAUAACGGCCUGUUGGACGGCGACGGCGAACUCAAGGCUGAUGGGUUUUUUAGCCGGCCUUGGUACAAUUUCUUCUGCAACCAAACAUUGUUUGUGUUUUUCAGCAUCUUCCACCAACUAUACGAGCGUCUUCAGGAUAUCAAGGGCAGUCGUGACAACGUCACUAAGGAAAUCGAGCGACUGAGCCGCCGCCUGCCUGCCAAGGAGAUUGGCUUAAUCGAGAACCACAUGGACUUCUUUGCCCCCGAAGACGACCCCUCCGUCUUUUGGCCGAAAACCGUGGAGCUCAUUGAGGAUUAUAUCACUGGCGAGAUUGACGAGAACCGUUACCAGGAUGUCAUGCGACACUACUACCUCCGCAAUGGUUGGAAACUGUACACCAUCCAAGAUCUUCUGAAAACACUGUGCCGGCUUGCACUCACUUGCAGCAGCACUGAUGUCAAGGAGAAGACGCCGGACCUCAUCCACCAGUAUCUCAACAGCCGCGAGAAGGAGGAGACCAGCUACCAGACCGAGAUAAGCGCCAGGAAGUUUGCUGAGAAGUGUGUCAAGGAUGGUGAUAUUUUCGUCAUUUGUUGGUUCCCGCAGAAAUCAGAGGCCACUGUACGCUGGCUGCAGCGCGACGACACCACUUUCUACAUGGACGAGAUGAAGCUUCGCGAGAGAUGGCAAUACUACAUUUCCUCCUUCAUCCGCGUCGAACCCACCGAGGGUGUCCCACGCAGAGGACUGCAUAGGGUGAUUCUUACGCGGAACAUCCCUUCGGGCGAUGCGGAGUCGGACGGGGAGAGAAUCCCGAAGCCGGUCGCGUAUGAUGAGGGCCUGGCCAUCUCCAUCUGCCUGACAAGCUCCAAGAUGAUUUGGACGCCCGGCACUUCCGAGUACUUCAUCUAUGACCACGCACCGAAGACCAAAGAGGGCCGCGAGCGCCGCGACAAGUUCGCUGCCGCCCUCAGUGCCCACCGCGAGAGCAAGCUGCUCGAGAAGAUGGUGCACAACCCAGCAUGGACCAAGGACAUGAGCCCUGAGGAGGUCCAGGAGCAGAACAAGAACUUUCGCCGGUGGAUGGACGACGGCAUCGCGCCUCCGGCGCCGGGUGGGAAGCCCGAGACGCAAUAG